GUGUUGCUGUACUUUGGAGUUGGUGGAUGUGUCUCUUCUGCACUUCAGUUCAGGUUUUAGUUCAAAAGCAGAUGGACAACUGAUUGACUGACAACGACAAGAUGGCCGGUGUUUGUUUACUGGUUUUCAUUGCUAGUAUAGUGCUGGAUGUGUAUGGACUUCCCGUUGAAAUCCCAGAGGAAAACACAGGAGGUGUGUUUGUGUCUCAGCACACGGCACACACAGUGCUCCUCCGUCGACGCAGAUACAACAGCGGCAAACUUGAAGAAGUACUUUACAAAGACAACCUGGAGCGCGAGUGCAUAGAGGAGGACUGCACGAUGGAGGAGGCCAGGGAGUGUUUUGAGGAUAAUGAGAAAACUAUGGAAUUCUGGGCCAGGCACAGGGAUGGUGACCAGUGUAAGCCACCCCCCUGCCAAAAUGAAGGAGUGUGUGAAGAUGGAAUUGGGGGAUAUGUCUGCUGGUGCAAACCAAACUUCAACGGCAAGAACUGUGAGAUUGAGGUGGCCAAGCAGUGUUCAGUCAAGAAUGGUGGAUGUUCCCAUUUCUGUGAGAUGCAGCAGAUGCUAACUGUGUGUCAGUGUGCAGCUGGUUACCAACUCGGGCCUGACAGGAAGACCUGUGAACCAACAGAACAAUUCAGCUGUGGUCUUGUGAGCUCCACCCCUCUUAACCCUCGGUCACUGGCAAACAGCCCUACAGGAAAACACAAUUUCAGUGGCACCCUGCAUCAUAAUGACUAUGACGCUAUACUACAGCUAUAUGACGACUACGACCUCUCUAUGAAUGACUCAGACCUGCUUAACAUCUCUGCGGCCUCUUCAGUAGACAUACGUUCAAGCUCCCCUGUGAAUCCAUCCGAGGUCUUGAGCAGUGGGGAGGUGAGCAAUGGCACAGAGACAAAGCAGGGGCCUUCCUGGGCUUUACCCACACUGCCCUCCAUCACAGAAGAAAAAAACAAUGACCACAGGAUUGUGGGAGGCAACGAGGCCAAGCCUGGAGAGAUUCCUUGGCAGGUGGUCUUGAUGUGUCCCUCAGCCACCCUUGGUAGAGCACAGCCUUUCUGUGGAGGGUCUCUGCUCACCGAAUUAUGGGUCAUUACUGCUGCACAUUGUCUGACGCAGGCUGAGACUGCUAAGCAAAAUUUCUUCGUCAGAGUGGGUGAACAUGACUUGAACAUCAAUGAGGGUCCAGAGCGAGACCAUGGAGUUGCAGAGAAGAUCUUCCACCCCUAUUACAAUUCCACUGAGUCAGUUUAUAACCAUGAUAUUGCACUACUGAAGCUUACGACACCUGUGGAACUGUCCAACCAACGACGUCCCAUCUGCCUUGGCCCCAAAGACUUUAUAGAGGACCUACUGAGGGCGUCCGAAACGUCUAUGGUGAGCGGCUGGGGACGGAUAAAGUUCCUGGGCAUCGAGGCCACCAAACUUCAGAAGCUGGAGGUCCCUUAUGUGGAACGAACCGUGUGUAAACAGAGCAGCCGGGACCACAUCACGCGUUUUAUGUUCUGUGCUGGCUUUCGAGAUCAGCUGAAGGAUUCAUGUCAGGGGGACAGUGGGGGGCCACAUGCCAGCCUUUACAAAGGCACUUGGUUCCUGACAGGCAUCGUCAGCUGGGGGGAGGAGUGUGCCAAGGAUGGGAAGUAUGGCGUCUACACUCGAGUCUCUAAGUAUUCCAGAUGGAUCAGUCAGACAACAGGAAUUAAAAUAAGCUAACUGACAUAUGGAGUCAUGUAGGAACAACACAUCUGUCAGACAACUAAACACACAGUUGAAGCAAGUGAAAAAAUCACUCAUGUUCAAUUUAAUUCUCCAAUAAAAUGUAAAAUUAAAACAA